CAGUCGAGGCAACCCGAUGCACACGCACGCCUCGCCACAGAGAACGCUCUCGACGAACGACGCAAGCUAUCGCUCCUGCGGAUCGAGAUUUCGAAAUUUCCCGCGAGUUUGGGGCCCCGCGGCCCACCGUGGAUCGGUCAGAUCGUCCAGCGAGUCCGGUCGCGGUUCCUGUCGAUCGCAGAUCAGUUCCGGGUAGCUCGGAGAACGUCGCAGAGGACAGAUUCGGAGCGAAUCGGUUGUCAGUUUUUGGUAAACAGCUCGCUGGUGUACGCGCGAUCCAUCACGGGUGAUCGCGAAAAACGGACUAAGUGAACUAACCAAGUUUGAAGCGUUCGUGUGGCAGUGUAUCCGGAUGAAAGAUGGGAGACGUUCGGUGAGCGUCAGAGGCUUGGGACAGAGUUUGACAAACCGGUUCGACGACUGUCCGUUAAUCGCAACACGAUCGAGGCGAUCGUAGCCGGUUUGGACGAAUAACUCCGAAGAUUCCGUGACGUUUUACGGACGGGAUAGUUCUAUCGAGAGUUCUCGUCAGCGAACGUCGGAUAGGAUUAGACACGAUUGAUUCGUGGUUGACGGUAUGCAACGUGUGUAAAUACGCGCGAAGAACUCUCGCAGGCUGCCAGGUGGAAACGGAGUGGCUGCCCGAUUUGGAUGAAAUUUAAUCAAGAGGUAAUUAAUAAAUAAACGGUCGAGGAAAGGGAGGAAAAGGAAAGCGGAAAUGGCCGGCGGACUGGGCUGUUACGAGCGGCAAUUAUGUUAAGUGGCCAAUUAGCGAUUAACCACGGAGACCAGCGGUGCGGCCCCUUAAUUGCCGCUGAGAAGAAGGCGAAGAACCCGGGGGCGGGAGCAACAGCGGGAGAAGGCGAGGGUGCGGGGGUGGAGGUGGAGCAGCUAAGAGAACGGGAGGAAGCGCAAGGUGCAUCGCAACCAUCUCACGCGCCAUUUGCUCGUGAUUCUCGCUUCGAAAUCGACCGCGAGAUUCGGCGAUCUGGCACCGACAUCGUUCGGGACUAGCCCUGCGAGAAAAAGGGAGAUCAAGGUAACCCGGAGACCCGCGAAGAGAGGACAUUUUCACCUUGGAAUGUUGGUAGCAAAGUCGAACAGACACGGCAGUGCACGAGAGGAUAAAUUCGGAUACAGUGAAGUGUAGUUCCCUUCGUUCGAAUCGGUGAAACGAGCUCCUUGACGAAGGCGACGCUGUCACUCUCGGCAAGAUUCUGUCUCCCAGGUACAGGGCAAGUCCUGGGGUGGCGACUGAGGCACCCGCGGGUGCCCGUAGCCCGAAGGAACCACCUGCGUGCACCGUGAUGACGGUCCAUCAUCAUCAGAACCACCACGUGGCGGCUCUGAGCGGCGUCACCGUGGCUAACAACGGUCUGAACCUGAGUAGGAUGUCCGGCCUCGAGGCGCACAGGUUAGAGAACAUCGUCGAGAGGAACGGUGUCAGCGUCGAACGUCUGUCCAAUGGCCUGGACGCCAGAAACAACAAUCACAGCGGCAACAACGGUUUGGAGCGCGGCGAUUCCUCGACCACUAUGCCCCAGAGAUCGCGAUUCAUGAUCACCGACAUCCUCGGCGGCGCGUCGAGCAAGAUGCACCAGGCCGGCCUGCAGACUCAAGAAUCGCCGGGGAGCCCACCGUCUACGCCCAAGGACCUCAGCGUCAGGCAUCAGUCCAGGACGUCCUUGAACAACAGUAACCUCGACGAAGAUAGCGACGCCAGUCAUCACGACGGCGCAUCAGUUACUUCUAAUGGAGGCAAGGAGGACGACCCGAAGAGUUCCUCGUCCAGCACGCUGAGCUCGGCGCAGAGUAAGAAGCAACGAAAGGCGCGGACGGCUUUCACUGAUCAUCAGCUCCAGACCCUCGAGAAAAGUUUCGAGCGACACAAGUAUCUGAGCGUGCAGGACAGGAUGGAGCUGGCUGCAAAGCUGCAAUUGACCGACACCCAGGUCAAGACGUGGUACCAGAAUAGAAGAACGAAGUGGAAAAGACAGACGAUGACGACCUACGAGAUUUUGGCGCAGAGUAAUUUGACGGUGGCGACGUAUCAGCAGCUCUACGAGAGCGGCGCGGCAGCCGUCCAACCGCACCCCGCAACAGGACGAUACUGGCCGUAUCCUAGUGCACACGCGAUACCAACCAACGGGCUGUUUUACCAGCAAGCGUCGGCGGCCGUGACCCUGCAGAAGCCGCUUCCUUACAGACUGUUCCCGCCGACGAUGAUUCUGGCGGGACCCAGCAACCCUCUAGGAUCCCUCACGGCGAGCUCCAGCUUGUCGAAUCUCAGCAACUACUACAGAGACAGUCCCGAGAUAACCGACGUCAGGGACAGAGAAAGCAUAGAGAGAUCCGUCAGGCAGAGGGACAGAAGCAAAAGUCCCGUGCCGACGGACAGGUCGCCGCUGCGAAAGGAGGAGAGACUUUACGCGCCCGCGAUGGUCCAAGCAGGGUCGAACAUCACCCUCGGAACGCUCACCGCGAGCUCCAGCCUCUCCAACUUGAGCACGUAUUACAGAGACAGUCCCGAAGUGGCAGACGGACGGGAAAGAGAGAACGCGAACAGGGCGCCGAGGCAGAGGGAUCGAAGCAAGAGUCCCGUCUUCGGGGAGAGAUCGCCUAUGCGCAAGGACGACAGACUUUAUCUGCCCACGAUGCUCCAAGCGGGCCCGAGCAACACCAUCGGCUCGCUGACGUCGAAUUUGGCCAGCUAUUACAGAGACAGCCCCGACACGAUCGAGGGAAGGGAGAGGGAAAAUCUGAGGGCGAUCAGGCAGCGAGACAGGAGCAACAGUCGCGACGGAUCCCCGAUACGGAGGGAGGACAGCCCUCAGAGCAUAAGGGCGGACAGCGACGAGGAGAGCAUACACGACAUCUAGGACACGAUGGCUCAGGGAAGCUUCGAUGCGCCGGAGGAAUCGUUCGGACGAUACAACGUCGCGAUCGACGGGGAUCGAUCGGUUUCGGACGACGAUUGCUGCGAGUGAUUCGUCGGAUGUUGGAACGUGCGGUGCAUCGGUUGCGAUCGAGCAAAGAUGAACCGAAGAGAGGGACGUUUUUGACACCGGAAGCUUUCCUAAUGGAGCAGGUACCCAAUGUCCAUUGGCGUCGAGAUCAAAGACCCAAUCAGCUAGGUGAUUCGGUAACCAAAGUAUGGUGGCUCAACGUUGGCAGCAAAGAUUCGCUUCCCUUGAGCAAUACUCCCAAGCUACCGUGAACGUAGGGUCCUAUGUUGGAGUCCCUCUUCAAACCAGGUCCAAGGGAGAAUCUCUGCAAGUGCUUGACGGGUCGAAGUUUGAGCUGCGCGAGACUGAGCGCAAUGAUACAAAAAUGACAGAAUACGUGGGACUUUCUGUAUAACUAACGAGUGGAGCAGACAUCGUGUGGUUAACCAAAGUUCGCGAUUCGUUUAGCUAAUCAACGAUUGAUAUGGUGAAAUAAUUAUUCGUACUCGAUGCAACGGUUACCUCGAUAAACAGGGUGUUCAAUAAAAACCAUUCAAUAUUUAUGUGGUAUAUAGAACACACUGUACAGAGUAAAGAAGCUUUAGUAAACGUAUGUCGUUUCUGAGAUAUAAACAUUUUUGUUUGCUAGUAUCACGAUUGACUUACUUGUCAAGUGGCGACAGUAGAUUUUAUUCAAAAUCAGUCGGUUGAAAUCAGUUGUAAUUCUCAAAAGAAUCCACCAAGCUUGUCAAACAAUUUGAUAGAAAUGUGGAAUUUUCGAGAGAGUUCGCAACUCUGGAAAAAGAUGCCAAGCAUGCGUAGAAAUGGAAGGUGGACACGUGGAAAAUUUGUAAGCAUCGAAAAUUCAGUAGUAAGUCAAUUACGAUAAUAACAAACAAAAAUGUUUAUAUCUCAGAAACGGUUGACCUUCCGACCUACGUAUGUUUACUAAAGCUUUUUUACUCGAUACAAUGUGUCCUACAUACCAUAUAAAUAUCGAAUAUUAUUUUUUCUAACACCCUGUAGAGGAACGCCAAGUAAUCCUGUUGCUUCUACAGUGUCGUCGGGAAUCGAACUCGAACAGACCUCGUGCCGAUCAGAAUCGUCGACGACACCGACUGGCGAUCGUGCGUCUGCAAGGAGAAUUCGUCGAACGAAAUGCAGCGGUAGCCGGGUAAAGUAUUCCAACGCUGUAAAUAAAAACGGUUCGUUCGUCCGCGAAAGGGGCAGAUAAAUCACAGGUUACAGAGCCGGCUAGACCCGCCAUCGAGGACGUUUAUAGUCGCGCCAGGAAGCGAGCCAAUCGCGCACGAACGCGAAUCUACAAUUAAUAUGACAUUAGAGGGGACCUGCCUGCGGGGGAAGAAAUCUGAAAUGACACGAAAUUACACGCGCUCGCUCGGCAAAAAAGGUUGGAAAAGAAGAGACAGAGGGGGAGACACUCCAGCCCCGGAAGAGGAGGGAGGACAGCGGAACGGGAAGGGAGACUCGAAGUAUUCAAAUAACCGAGAGGUUCUUCGCGUUCCGCGGCGAAACCGACACUUUGCUUGCCGCUCGCCACGACGAUGAAAAAAAUGUAAUUGGUUAAUUAAGAACGACGCGACGAUUUCGCGUAUUACGAUUUCAAUACACCGGUUUGUAAAUACGAUUUCCACUCGAUACGCGCGAUUUGCCGCGACGUCGACGAUUUCGCGUUCUAAACGAGGAAUAUGUAAAUAGCCGCGCGCGAAUAGGUCGCGCGUUACUUGUCCGGCCAGCCUCCGUGGGUUUUCAAAUUGCAGUAAUUAGAGGCAAACGUACUCAUCGUAAAUUUUUUGUGAUUCUGGACAAUAGAAACUACUCGAGAGUAUAAUUUAUUUCCCACCUGAAAUAUUUGUUUAUACAAAAUUACUGAUUGAGAUUGACGACAUCGAUUCAUUUCGCUUCGUGGGAAAGCAUUUGUCAAGAUGAGAAAUAACGAUCUGUGACACUUUCCAACUUUCCCCAGAUUUUCUUUUCCAUUAAUUUCCACAAAAUGGAGUAUUUACUUCGCGUUACUGCAUUUAUGAGUCGAUUUCUUACCAUUCGGAGAGUCUGACCCGUGUACGCGCGUUUACAGGCUGCGACGAUCCUAAGGCGCGAGCCUAAGCCAACCGCGAUAACGAGAAAUUUCCAAGUAUUUGCCAGAAUCCAGUAUACGUAGAGGAACGCGGGGAACGUGUUCGAACGGUUCGAUCGUCUCGAUGUUUCGGGAUAUCGUAUCCCAUUUCCGUUUUGUUCGCGUGACUUUGCAAGGACAUUUUCGUUGCCCGUUCGGUGGGAUGAAUGAUCGAGAUCGAUGGUGCGGACACGGCUCUGCGCGUUCGGCGAAGAAAUACCAGUAUUAUGAAUAUAUAAAUAUUAGGCUGUACGACGGAAAAUGCAAAUGUUGCACGGCGAGAAAAAAUGGGAAACGUUAGACGAGCGACGGGCGUUGUGAAUCCGUCGUGACGCGGGAUCGUGUCCCACGGUAUCGUGCGACUUAACGUUAAGUAAUGCAGCAACAAGUACACACAUAGUAUAAAUCAUGCUUUGUAAAAUAAUGUCUGUAUAGCGAGAAUUAUUAUAUGGAAAAUAUAUUAUACUA